UUACUUGCAUUUAAAUCUGAGGCGCUUUUUCUUUUUUUUCUUUUUUUUUUAAUUUGUAGUUGGAAUGACGGUCUAAAUUUCUUCCCGACGUAACUUUUUUGAUAGGCUCCCCCCCAGCAGAAAAUAAACCACAGCGUCAAGUUCGCAGCCAAUUACAGAGGGUUACGGCCGCCUGAGUUAAAAGCAAAGGAGAACCCUGCCUCUGGCGGCGAAAACAAGACCCCCAGACAGAAAAAAGUUCCGCAAAGAUCAGGCUUCUCCGCUGUGAGGGAGUGCUAUAGGCGAUGGGCAGAGUGAUUAAUUACGCUGGAGAGAACCUGUGCCGCGUGUUUCCAAUAAAUUAGGAGCUCCGGGAACUUUUACGCACACAGGUGAGGAGUUGGAUGCGCGCAUUUUGAGGAUAUUGAGGAUACAGUUUGAGGAAGGACUGCGCAAUCAAAAGGCCAUUUCGGACUGUAUUCAUGACGUUUAUCAAAACAGCGCUUUGGAGAAAUACCAGAGAAAAUCCACCUACAGACAUACAGAUUUGUAAUACCCAUAUGGUUGGAAGUGAGGCGCUUCAAAUGGACGGUGGUAAUUGCUCCAGCUCGGUGGUGGAUGUGGAUGACAGCCCGGUCUCCAGUCCCGGCUCCAGCCCCAGUCCGGACGGCCGUCGUCGCGGUGAGCUGCACCGGCCCAGGGCGCUGCAGGCCGGCGCGCUCGGCGGCAGAGGACGCCCGGCGGCGGCCAACGCGGCGCGGGAGAGGAGCCGGGUGCAGACGCUGAGGAACGCGUUCUUGGAGCUCCAGAGGACUUUACCGUCGGUGCCGCCGGAUACCAAGCUGUCCAAACUCGACGUGUUGAUACUAGCCACCACCUAUAUUGCCCAUUUGACUCGAACACUGCAGGAGGAAGGCGCAGAUGAAGGAGAGAGCACAAAACAAACAGAAGCGUUACACUCACUGAAAGGUGAAGGCUACCUGCACCCUGUAAAGAAAUGGCCAAUGCGAUCCAGAUUGUACGUCGGAGCAACUGGACAGUUCCUGAACAAUCCUUCCGACUCAGAGAAUCAAGGCCCGUCGUCUUCCUCCUCUUAAUAGGCCUACAUGAAUUUCAUGUAGCCACGAAAGCGACAUGACAUUUGCAUGAGCUCCAAAAUAAAAAUAAAGAAAAAAAAAAACAAAAAAAACUGUCACUGCAGCUCGAAGACGAUGUAAAUUAAUAUAUUGCGUGAAUUUUACUGUAUAUAACUGUCGAACAAAAUACGCAUGCAUUUUCUUGUUGUUAGUUUAUGUGUGCGCCAUGCAGCUCCACGCAUGUCCCGUGUCUGAUCUCUGCAGAAAUUCCGCGGAGCCCGUCAUGCUUGAGCGUGCACUUUGACUUGAGACAUUUGCACUAAAUGCAUGUGUGAAUAACUUAGCAUCUGUCAUGUGAAGUGGUCUGUCAGAGGGCCGACAAUGGAGGCUUUUUAUCUCGUGUUUCUUCUUUUUACAUGCAUGGUUGUAAAUGUGUGUUUUUGUGAAUAAAUUACAAAAGAAUGCAAGAAGAAAAGACUUCGAAAAAUUUAAGAAAAGCAGACUUGUACGAUUAAUCUCUUUCUUUCUCUCUUUUUUUUUAAACAAAUGCUCUUUUUACAGCAUAGGCAAUUACAUUAUUUCAUUUAUAGCUUUGGUGAUAUAUCAGAUAACAUAUUCUGCCAUCCUUAGGUAAGUAUAAAAAUGUUUCGCGUCAGUAAUUAAUAGCAGAAAUAGAU